AUGGGCAGCUUCCAAGCACCUGGGCCUUGUGAAGAAGACCUUGACGAUGUAGCGCAAGACUCGGCGCGCUCUGUCCCAGAGAAGAUCUCAAAUACCGCAAUCAGCUCCGGCCAAGGGCUUCCUACUAGUAGCAGCGCAGGGAAAACAUCGGAUAGCCUCAAACGAUCUUCGCAGGACUUGCUCGCAAGUGGAUCACAUCCAUCAUCGCUGGAAGACUUGGAAAGACGCACAGAGGAUUGUUACAAAAAGACAUUAAGAAACUUUGAGAUUUGGAGCUCUAGUGUCUCGAGGCUGAACCUGCCUGAUGACAAAGAAGCCAGGGUUAAGCUGAAGAUGGAAGAGCUUGAAGUGGUCACCAAGACUUGCCUCUCUGAUUUCUUGAACAAGGAGGAUGGGUCACAAAUAGUCUCAUCUUAUCCUCCUGGAGGGCCCUGCCACACAAAGGAUGGUGCCUCUUUUGAAAACCUUGGAGGAGGAUUCAUGGAAAAGAAUUGAAUUUGAUUUUCUGAAGGAUCAGCUUGAAACAUAUUUGAAUGACCCUGUAAAAAACUCACAUACUGAUUCCACAGAACCCUCUAUGGAUAUCUUCAUUCACUACUUC